AUGCCCGAUAGUAUGAACGCAAUACUCAUCAAAUGCCCCGAAAACAAUACAAACAAGUCCUGCGAAACUCAAUUGAUUGUCAAUAUUCACAUGAACCCAAGCUUCGAUUUGGAAAACACGGAGAAGUUUUGGGUGGUUGAUAAGGUGUUUGAUCCCUCAAAAGGAAUCACUUCAAAAAUUAUAUCUCCCUAUCUGAUUGUAGUUAGCCGGGGCGAGCCUGUUGUAAUGUACCCUCUUCGGUUUAUAAAAUCGAUUAAUAAUGAGAAAAUAAGCAUGAAGCCCCUAAAAGAAGUCAAUAAUAAUGCGAAGCUUGGUGGUUCCCCAUCCUGCAUGACUAAUGAAGGCCAACUUGAAACAAAUAUAAAAGGACAAGAGAUGGAAAAUGCCACCAGAUUGAAAAGAAAUCACUUUCCACUCUAUGCCACAGGAAAAUCAAUUAUUUCAAGCAUUUUCGGCACGAAGAGGCAUAAGAAAAAUAUACCAUCUCGGCGUAGGGAUAAAAGAAUCAAUGAUCUCCAGCAAAAGGACCUUUCAAGCCUUGGACUUGUUCAAGUUUUGGAUACUGCUGUAACAAAAAAUUACCUAGAUUCCCCUAACAACUUUUUAAAUUCCUACAAAGAUACGCAGAGUAAAGAAUUGGAUAAACAUAACUUACUUAAAUGGCACGAUCACUAUAUUCCUAAAUCCAAUUCUGAAGUCUUUUCCAGAAAGAGUCAAAUGAACACUCAACAUAAAGAAAACUUAAAGAGCUUGAACAUAGCAGACGAUGCCGAUAAACUAUUUUCCUAUGAGAACUCAAGAAACCGCCAGCAACAAAAUAAUGAAGGCAAGCUGUACACAGAAUACGAAAAAUCUGAGGAAGAAUCAGUGCCCGAUUAUCUUUUAUAUGAACGAUUGGCACAGGAAUCUAGAAGGAAAAAAAUUAAAGAAAAUUUUGAUAAAAACUAUGUACCACCUCGGAAAAGUAUGUAUAAUUCGAAUGAAUUUUCAAAUAGGGAAGAUCACGAAAGUAUUGAGUACAAGUUACCCCCCAAAAGUCUAAAUGAUGUACAAGGUUUUCCUUACGAAAGUGUAGAAAAUCAUUUUCCCAAUCAGAAAAGGCUUUCACAUAAAAUGGAAAAUGAAAAUUAUAAUUUAAUAACAUCCGGUGAUCGGAAAACAAAUACUUACGAAUUUCCAAUUAAGAGAGACAAUAAUAAUCUAAGAUCGCAUUCUAUUGGUGAUGUUUAUGAUUUUCCCCACGGAAGUAAAAAGCACCAUGAAAACUACAAGCCACUUUUGGAAGACAACUAUGUGGCCCAGGAAAGGAAAUAUAAAAAGAAAAACUUUAGAGGAUAUAAUAGUCAAUAUAACAAACACGAUUUUUCAUUGGAAGCUGAAAAGGAUCUUUAUUAUUCCAGGACCCCAGUCGAAAGUUUAUCGAGAGAUAUGGAUUUUCCCAGUGAAAUAGAAAAUAAGAAAAAUAAUUUUAAAAAUCCCACCUAUAGUUAUUCAGAUUCAAACGGAUUUUCACAUGGAAAUCCAUACGAUAAUAGCCUUUCCAAAGAAAAAGAUUUCGAAAGUGGUAAUGAAAACCUAAAUUUGAACGCACCUAAAGGAAAUUUGUACAGCCACAAUUUUAAUUUUGAUACAAAGUUAGAAUAUCCAAGGUUGCCCGAAAACAAUGUUAAUGACUUUCCGUGGACUCAAAGCAACAUUGGAGACGAAAGCCUCGAUUCUAUUGUAAACCGUCAUAUGAAACAAAAACUUCCAGGUGAUUUCAACGCGCCAAAUGAUUUGAAUUUGGAUUAUUUUAAACCGGCUAGUAGUCAAAAAUAUUUAGACUUCGGUUCCAAGCAGAACAUAAAUCCCUAUCUAACUUACUCGAAAACCAAUUCCUAUGAGACGUUGCCCUAUCCACGAUCAAGAAACCUAAAAAGGAUGAAACGAGAUGGGCUUCAGGAUCGUCAUAUGGAAAAUGGUGAGGACUCGCGAUUGGAUCCAAAGUAUGAUGCCGAUCUUGACUCGUUGAAAGUGCUGAAACUAAAGCACAUAGAUGAUAAUGGGGAAAUUCCAUGUGAUACGUGUGGGGGCAAGAAUAAAAAGAAGGAUGAAAAGCCCCGAACAAUAUAUAGUAGUGCCUUGGCAGAACCGAAAAGUUUAGAAGGUAAAAUUGAGAAUGCGAACCCCAAAAUUGAUGAGGCCGUUCCUUGCGAUACGUGUGGUGGUAAAAAUAAGAAGCCAGGGGGGAAGCCUUUGCCGGGAGGAUUGCCUCCUGAAGUCAACAGUUUAGAUGCUGAAAGUGAUGAGCGACGGCUACCCGACUAUAUGAUACCGUGCGAAAGUUGCAAGACAAGCAAUAGGUAUACAGAAGGCAACCUUGAAUCUGCAUCCUGCGGUUGUGUUACCAACUCAAAAGUGUGCAAUUGUGAAUCCUCUAAGUUAUCCAGAGCUUUAAACGAUAGUUUGAAGGAAUGGAGCUAUACGGUCUUUAAUAUGAAUAAUCCUGUUCCAUUUUUAAGCACCAAACUACGUGUUUUUAGAAGGCGUCACAACACAUGGUGGCUGGUUGUUCCGAUAGUAACGCUUGAUAGUGUAUCAGGCAUAUUUGCAAAUGAUAACUUUUCGGCCGUGCUUACUUCCCACAUCGAUAUGAUUCGCCUGGAAAAAUCAACAGGCUUCUCGAAUCGAAAUCUAGCUGUUCCUAAAGAAAAUGAGAAGGCAUUUGCUAGAAAACGACAUGCUAUUACCCUAAAAGAUCUACAGAAUAACAUUGGGAAUAGUGUUCUGCUCGAUGAAUCGAAUAAGGACGUAUCUAUUCGGGAAAUAAAAAACUCUUGCAACUUAAAGGUUCAAAAUGAGGAAAGUAUGAAAGGCUUGGCUAGUAGAAGCAUCAAAGGAUUGGGAUAUUUACCAGUUUCUAUGAAUGCGCUGGAUAAUUGUCCUCAUAAGGACAAAACCCUAUGCCUAAAUAUUCGGGAAGAUAAAGUACCAGAAUUUAGUAUAAAAGUGAAGAUACCUUUUCGGGAAAAUGCUCUUGUUAUGCGCAAUCAGCAUAUGGUGAAAAUUUCAAGAAUCAUAACCGAUGCAACCACAAAAGAUGCACUUCAAAUUUCGAUCGAUGUUAUAAACAAAGGUUUUGAAGCACAGGAAUAUACCAUAUUUGUUUGCAACUGCGAUAUUUUGAAAAGUGGAUCAGCAUCGCACACUGCCAGAAGAUUAUUACAGCCGGAUAUUGGGCAAACCGUCACUUUUUUAGUGCCCUUGAUAAUAGUCUCGAAAAAAAACAAGAAGUACAGCUGCGAUGUGAUGGUUAAGGCCAGUACGGAUUAUGAUGAGAGUGAUACCAAUCUGCCGAAACCCGUUGACCCAAAAGUAGGAGUUAUUGCCAAAAGAACUAUGGAAAUUAAAUGCCACUCGAGGUGCUUUUGUGUUUGGCGUUGUCGAUGUCACUGCAUUGGAAAGCUGGAGACUUUCAUCAACUACAAUGCCUGUGAAAGAAUGGAUCCCAAGUCCGAAAAAGAGGCUGGUCUCGUCUACAACUGUCCACCUGGUAAUGAGCCAAAUGAUGUGUGCAUCAAGGACGUUUGCAGCGAUCGAAAAGAGGAGAUAACUUGCAAACUCACCUGUAAAGUCAUAGCCAUUACACUGCUCGUUUUGAUGUUGCUGUUCUUAUUGGGACUUUUAAAGGCCAUUCUUGGCAUCUGCAUUACUUGCAUAGGUCGCUGUGGCUUCGACACAGUGCAGCCUGGCAGGACAUACGAAUGCACCUCCUGCAUAAGGAUCUUUUUGGUCAACUGUUUCUUCUUCAUCAUAUAUCCCUUUGCCUGUUGGUGCAAGUGCUUCCGACCAAAGGCGAGGGACCUCAUAGAAGCCAGUUCCGAUUGGGAUUGCAUUUCUCAAAACGAUGAAACACAAAAAUGCACCUGUGAUAAAAAUGAGUCCAGCUGCCGACUCCAUGGUGGCCAGGAUCUACAAAACAAUUUAGUGCUCGCCUUUGCUCCACUGCAUGAAAAUGGCCUGUUCAAGGACGAGAAGUCAGACGACGAGGAGAGCCAUUUGUUUAUCCUAGAAGUGUUGGAGGAGAGCAAAAGUUCCCUGACUAAAAUGAUGAGUCAAGUCAUGGAUCCUGUUCAGAAUGUUGAGCAGGCCACUGAAAGUAAUGCCGAUGUUAUGGCGGCCGAGGAGUUUGUGGAAUGUCUGCGGAACUCGCAGGUGGCUUAUAGAACAUUGAGUUCGCCAGUUGGCGGAGUAGUCAACAUCCCGGAUAACUUUCAGUAUUGCGUGAAAGGGUUCUUUGUGCAAACUAUAAACUCGAACUUUGAGUUUAUGAGCUAUCAUCCACUAUCGCAGUUUGUUGGAAUCACAGAGGAGAACGAAGUUAGGGCUCUGGCACAGCCGCGAUACAUCCACUCUAAUGAGUUCUCUAGAGUCUACGCUGAUAAAAUGGAGGUUCAUAAGGCAGCUGAUCUCUCAGUGGUUCCUCCAAUGGAUGUUCCUUGUAUCAACAUCGACCACGGAAACCAAUUGGAGGGUUCCUUUGUUAAACUCGCAGCGCAGCAGGAAAAAAUGAAAGCAAAUCAGACCUAAGCAUUAUAAUCGUAGCUUAUUUUAUU